UAGGGAAAGCGCCAUCUGUCUUAAAGAGAAUGCCUGCGGUCGAGCGCUAUUACUGUAACUUUUUUAACAUGCUCAAAAUAUAACUAUUUGCUGGAAAUUCGUAAACAAGAAUUGAUAAAGUGAAGUAAAUACCAAACAAUAAAAAAUACUCAUUGCUUAGUCAUUAACUUAGUAAUUUACAGCGCAAAAAUGACGGAACAUGACUGAAACUUAAAGUGUUUAAAUGUUACACUGUCAGCCAAGUAAUACAAUGACCUAUUACGAGAAGUAAUUGCUAAGUCCAUAUUGUUUACUAAAGCUAUAUAAGUUUAAAUAAAAUCAUGUUCCAUUCAUUCCGCAUGUUUGGCAUUAUAACCAAUUGACUGAUUUUAAUAAUGUAUCCGGUGGGACAGCCUUCUACAACAUACUAUAUUGGAACUAAAAAAUUCUUGAUAAGAGAUAUGAGAUCAAUGGACAGCCGAAGUACAUAUCUAAUGAUGAAGUAUUAUUAAACAGGCAGUGGUUUAUCUUGGCGGUAUUCUAUCUAUCGGUUAGUAUCAAAUCAACGGAAAAAAAUCUUAAUUGACAACGGUUAUAUGUAUAUUCGUAGAACCGGCGGUGAUGGGAACGAUUACAUUUACUUUUCAAAUCAUAAAUAUUAUAAUAAAAUAUUUCGACCGAAUGAAAUGAUCAUUUCCUAUAAUAUAUUUUAAAAAUACUACAAGUCUUAGUCGUGGAAAAAACGCUGAAAGAGAUUUUGUAAUCAAAAACGCACAAUUCACUGAACUGCCCUCGUACCGUAAUCUCAUUCGCAAAUCACUGCAACGGCAUUGAAUGGAUCGCCAUUGAAGUGGAAUUUUCUAGAGAAGUGAAUUUCUGCAUCAUAAAAACGAGUGCAUGAGAAAAAGUAGCGGCAAAAGAUCGCAAGGCGAGUUACGAAAGAAAACAAAGUAACAAAAACGAUCUUGCACUUUCAUCCGACUUAGUGGUCAGCAACACCAACCGCGCCGAGAGUCAUGCAUUGCUAAUAAAAUGUAUGCAACAGAAAGUUAGACAGUCACACGUCUGAACUCAGUUAUUAUGACAGAGCUGAAGAAAUGCAACAAAAACAAUUGCAACACGCGCAAACGAAGAUGCUGGUCAGCAGACAAACGUUCAUGACCGGCCAGCGAGUGCAACGGCUGCUUACGUUUGGGAUAUACAUGCCUAUACACAAAUUUCUAGCCUUUUCAGUCACUCUGCGGUGCGGCAACAACUUUAUAAAUAUGAUUGCUGGGCGCGCAUGCGCAACAUGUUUGCCACUGAACGUAUUCGCGUGCGGCUCAAAAUCGAUAGCAGGCAACGCGCGUGUUGACAACAACUGCACUUACAACCAUUAUAUUGCUUCCACAUAUCAAAUUGUAACUAUUGCGCGAACUCCUGGUGUUGCUGCGGCGCGUUCGAGUUCCGUUCACACAGGUUCAUUCCGGAUAUACAUGCAUACAUACAUAUGUGCGCGUGAGAUUGCAAACGAAGUUGAAAGUGGUUUUUCCUGAAAAGUAAAAGCGUCCAACUACUACAUAACCCCACACGCCAGGCUUUCGGCAACCCAUUCCACCAACAUCACCUUGGACUUGUACGCCUGACGACAUUGAAUUCGCAUUUAAAUUUUGGAAAAGAAAAAAAAAACUGUAGAAAUUUGUUACAACAAAAUUAUUCGAUAAUUCGCAUACGUUCACAUCGGAGAGUUAACGCAUGCGCAGUAUUUGUUAUUUUUGCGAGCAACUGUACGCGCGUUUAAUCAGUUGCAAUUAGAUAUUGACAGCAUCAGGACGCGUAUAAAAACUUUGCACGCGCGUUGCUCAAACGGGAAGUAAAUCGUUUACAGGAAAUAACUGCUAAGGACUCAUUUGCAAAAACUGUACGGAAAUCAAAUAAGAAAGCAUUGUUUGCUGUAAUUAAUAAUAAAAAUCCAGUGCAGUGAUAUAGAGAUCCAUUUAAGCGAAAUAUGAAUCAAAUACUAGGAAGUGUUUUACAAAAUUAAAUUCACAAUAAACAUUUAUGAAAACAACAUUGGAAGGCGUUGAGGUUUGUAAACGAGCAGCAGUAACUUCAGUUUUCAAACGCUUGAUGAAACACUGCAGUUUCCUUCAUGCGAUUGUGACCGAAAUUUUCCAUAAUCUGUAUUAAAGUUUUCAUCAACAAAGAUGUCACGCCUUUAUAUUGCUACCACCGUGCUACUGCUACUCGUUCCCUCGGUAUUGUCAGCGAGCACAUUUUUCACCGUAAGGUCACGCAAAGUAAAGCGCACAGGAAGCUAUUUAAAUGUACCACCUCCACUGCCACCACACUCUCAAUCUCAAUCACACUCUCAAUCUCAAUCUCAACCUUAUCCGCCACCUCCACCUCAACCACAGCCACAACCAUCUCCGGCUACUGCUGCGUCCCAUCGGGUGGAACACGAACCAUAUCCAUACGAAGACAUUAACGAGCAUGAUUAUCACUCUCAGUCAGAAAUAGAGCACUACGAAACCGAUUUUAAGCCCACACAAACACUUUCACACUCCAAUGUGCACAGUGCUCCCACCUCUUCGAAAUUUCUCAAUGACAAUGGUCUGCGUAGUAUUGCCAAAGGUUCCGCCGAUCAGGCAAACUCCGCAGUUGCCAGCCAAAAUGCUGCCGGCAAACAAGCCGCCUACGUGGCGAAGAGUACGCUAGCACAGGCGGCCGCACAAGCUGCUGGUACCGCAGUGGCUGUGCUAAAAGGUAAGGAGGUACUUCUACGACGACUCGAAGAUCAAAAUGUAGACGAACACAAAAACUUGGAAGGGGAAUUGUCGCAACUGCAACAGGCGAAACGUUCCGCCAAGACGGCACAAUAUGCCGCACAACAGGCCAUUAAUCACGUCUCGGUGCUAACGGCGACGCUUAACAAUGCACAAUCUGCCGCAGAGCUAACACAGAGGGCAGCUUCUGAGGCAGCUGCCGAAUUGGCUUCACAAAUCGAUAUGGUGUCACAGGCUAAAUCGAAGUUGGAACAAAUAGAAUCGCAACUCUACACGGCGCGUUUGGAUUACGAGGAGACCAAGGAGGCGGCAGAAAAGGCCACAUCGUCAGCGCAAGAAGCGCAAAUCAACGCUAACGAUGCCGCAGUUCAUGCGAACGUGGAGCUCAGCGAAUCGGUGAGUGUGGAUACGCAUGAUAAGAGCGACUACAAUGUGGGCACGGUGCUUGCUGUGGACUCCGUGCAUCAUGGCGCCGCUGGAGGGACGCAAGUACUUGCACAUAAGAAGAAAUAAAUGGUGUGUGCGAAGGCAGAGUAAUAAUAUUAGAUCUUAGUUUGUAAUUUUUAAAACUUUUCGUAUUAACUCAAUUCCACAUGUACCUAAUAAAAGAUUAUUUAUCAAA